GUUAAAAAAAGGGGUUCUUUGUUUCUAUAAUUGUCUCAUCACUCUCUCAGUCAUACACCCAUCCUCACAUUUUGCAUACCCAAAGCCAAGCCAAGCAAGAGAAGAAAGCAUCAAUAACAUUGCAUAACCCUCUUCUUGAUUUCAAAAAUCAAUCUUUCCUUCACAGUACUUUGGUCAAAAGAAAUGGCACUGAAACCUAUUGACAACGCUCUUCCACUUCCACAUGAAACUGCCAAAUUUGGAGUAAAUGAAGAAAGCAAGAUUGCAUCAUUGCCUCCUCCUCCUGCAGAUCCGAUCAUUGAUUAUAUCUCUUCUGAGAAUCUUGAACCCAUUUCAGAUCCUGAAUCCGAGAUCCAGGGUUUAGUAGAAGAGUUAGAUUCAAAGGACUGGACAAGGGUUUGCGAGUCGUUGAAUAAUGUUAGGAGAUUUGCACUCUAUCACUCGUUGCUCUUGCUGCCAAUCUUGGAAAAGGUGAUGUUAAUGGUGGUGAAAGCUAUGAAGAAUCCAAGAAGUGCUUUGUGCAAGACAUCUAUCAUGGCUUCAUCUGAUAUUUUCAAGGUCUUUGGUGACCAGUCACUUGACUCUGCUAAUAACGCAUUUGAUAACUUGCUGUUGCAACUACUACUGAAAGCUUCCCAAGACAAAAGGUUCGUGUGUGAAGAAGCAGAUAAAGCAUUAAAUGCAAUGGUGAAGUCCAUGACCCCUCUGCCUUUGCUCAAUAAGCUCCGGCCUUAUGUUAGACAUAUCAACCCUAGAAUCAGGGCCAAAGCUGCCAUAACUAUCUCUAACUCUGUCUCCAAGAUGGGCCUAGAAGCAAUGAACGAAUUUGGGUUGGUUUCGCUGGUUCAAAUGGCUGCAGAUUUGUUGAAUGAUAGAUUGCCUGAGGCAAGAGAAGCGGCAAGGAACAUCGUGACUUGUAUAUAUGAAGCAUAUACCAGAAAUGAGGAGCAGAAGCAGGAAUCAUGGCAAAACUUUUGCCAAUCCAGUUUACCACCUAUUCAUGCUCAGUCUAUGGUCAAAAUUACUAGUUCUCAAUAAUUUUCCGUGUUGUGAUAAUGUUUACUCUAUCAGCAGAGGCAACAGAACCACGCGAAGAAGUUAAUACCUUGAGUUUUUGUGUAAAUUCUAUUUUUACAUGAUUUAGUAACAGGUGUUCUGGUGAUGUGGUUGGUGUUUCAA